CUACAGGAAGAAGACUCAGAAUAUCCCCCCUCCCCCCUCCGACCAUGGACAGGGGGCACCUUCCCGAGAGGAUACUCAACCUGACCCUGGAGAUCAUCUGCCUGCUGACCGGAGAGAAUUACAUGGUGGUGAAGAGGUCAGGUGACCAGGCCGGGGGCUUCAGCCUCUCCGAUGGUUUGGGUGGACGUACCCCGAGCCCCAUCUCAACGCUCCCACCGCGAUCACUGAUCCAAGAGAGCAACAACAAGCAGAAGAUCCUGGAACUGACCAAUCAGAUCAUCGAGCUGCUGGCGGGGGAGGUUCCUCAGGACAACCAAGACGUCACCUUGAAUUUCUCCAUGGAGGAGUGGGAACAUUUGGGGAGAGGGGCCGGAAGUGCCAUGGAGGACAUGAUGGAGCCCUUCCAAGGUAAAGACCAGACGUGCCAACCACCCUGCUGUGUGUUGUGGUACGAUCCACGUAUCGCCAUGGAAGAUGUCCCGUAG